UACAUUACAUCGUGUACAUUGCACCGUCUCUUUGGGAAACUGAAAGCUAUUAGUGUACAUUUGGGUAUGCUGUUUCUACUGAAGUAUUUAUAACAUUAGAAGUCAUGGCAUCACUCCAGGACCAUGAUAUAAGUCAUCAUUCAUCAAGUAGACCAAGUCGUCAGAAUCAUUAUAAACAAUUUCCUGCAGCAAUAUGGGGACGGGAUAUCAACAAAUCUUACGGAAAACUAUGUGUUCUCAAUAAUCUACAUAUAACUGUGCCAAGAGGGAGUAUAUAUGGCUUACUGGGACCUAGUGGGUGUGGUAAAACUACAUUGCUACGAUGUGUGAUUGGACGUCUACAUGUUGACAGUGGUCAUGUGAUAGUUUUAGGGGACAAACCUGGAGCUAGAGGUCAUAAGGUGCCUGGGAGCAUGGUUGGAUAUAUGCCACAAGAAACAGCAUUAUUUACAGAUCUCACUAUAGCAGAAACAUUGAAGUAUUUCGGUACAUUACAUGGAAUGACCAAUGAACAGAUUAAACUCAGAACAGAUUUUCUUAUAGAUUUUUUGACUCUACCAGAGAAAAGUAGACUCAUCUGUCAACUAAGUGGCGGUCAGAUGAGGCGGGUGUCUUUCUCUGUGGCUCUCUUGCAUGAACCAGAAUUACUUAUUCUAGAUGAACCAACUGUAGGUGUGGAUCCUUUACUCAGGGAAAGAAUCUGGGAUCAUUUGGUGAAUAUUACUAGUCAUACACAGAAUCAGGUGACCAUUAUACUGACCACACAUUACAUAGAGGAGGCUAGACAAGCUGACAAGGUAGGCUUUAUGAGAAAUGGUAGAAUUCUAGCAGAGGAAGAGCCUAUGAAAGCCAUAGAGAAAUAUCAUAUGACAAGUUUAGAGAAUGUGUUUCUAAAGUUGUGUCAGGAUGAUAUAGAGGGUACUCCAGCAGAUCUUGCUCAAGAUACCAAACAGUAUUCAGAAGUUCACGUUAAUCAUAGUGGAGGUGGGUUAGGUAAUGGAAACAUUGUUGUCCCUCGUUCAGACACUGACGAUGAUGAUGUACCAUUGUUAGACUCGGAAAAUGUUAUGCCCCCUGUAAAGAAACACUCCAAGUGGUCUGUUCCUAUAGGUAUGCCCAGUGGUAGGAACAUUCUGGCUCAGUUUAUCAAGAAUCUCAACAUUAUGAAAAGAAAGAUAGCAUUCCUAUUAUUUCAGUUCAUGUUACCACUUGUAGAAAUAGUUCUAUUUUGUGUUUGUAUUGGUAAUGAUCCAUUUGGACUUCAUAUAGCUGUUAUCAAUAAAGACCAAGGAAUUCUAGGCUUCAAUAUGGGGACAGCCUUCCUACAAUCUAUAGACAAUCAUACUAUAAUUCAGGAUGAUUAUACAGAUAAAGGUUAUGAAGCAGCAUUCAGAUCAGUACAACAAGCUAAAACUUGGGGGCUUGUCAGUAUAGGAGAAAAUUUUACUACAGAUCUUAUGCUACGGUUUCAGGGAGGUAAUUUAUCAGAUUCUGUAAUAGAUGGCAGUUCAAUAAAGCUCCAGUUGGACUCUACUAAUGAACAAGUGGCCAUUGUGUUAAUGAAGAAGAUUACAGAUGCUUUUGAGUUAUUUGCCAAAGAAAUGCUGACAAAGAUGAAGAUAAAUCCUAAAUUAGCUAGUCUACCUAUUGAGAUGUUGAAACCUGUAUAUGGUGAUUUAGACGCAACUUUCACUGAAUUUAUGGCGCCAGGUGUCAUAAUCUCAAUAACAUUUUUCUUGGCGACUGGUUUGACAACGUUAGUGUUUAUCAUGGAUAAAAAGUUAGGGAUGUUAGAUAGAUGUCUUGCCUCAGGUAUGGUUUCAUUUGAGAUUAUGUUAGCUCAUAUGAUAACACAGAUGUUGAUUGUUGUUGUUCAAGUUGCUGUGCUACUAACAGUGGCCCUGCUUGUGUUCAAUGUUCCAUGUCUAGGUCCCUUGAUAUGGGUAAUACUGUUAGUUCUAAUUCAAGGUUUUCUAGGAAUGGCUUUAGGUGUGGUAUAUUCUGCAGUAUGUAAUGAUGAAAACUCAGCUAUACAACUUGCCUUAGGCUCUUACUUUCCUUUGCUACUUAUUAGUGGUAUUUUAUGGCCUAUAGAAGCGAUGCCAAUAUGGUUGAGGUAUGUCAGUUAUGUUUCACCAAUGACAUUUGCUUGUGAAGCUAUGAGAUGUAUACUUGCCAGAGGACUAGAUAUAGCAUAUUUCGCAGUAUGGCGAGGAUAUUUGGUGUCGUCUGGUUGGUGUGUGGUUAUUGUCAUCCUUGGUGGAGUGAUACUACGAGUUAAGGAGUAAAAUACUACACGACACGGAGUAAUGUUCUUUGUUAUACCUGUGAAAAUCCCUUGUUAUCUUUAUUUACAUUGAACUGAAAGAGACAGAGUUUAGGAAAAAAAUAAUGAAUUGGGUUUAAAUACAGUAUGAAACAAAAUUCACGAUUGACUGUUCUGAACAGACUUUAACCAGGAGUAUGAAACAUGGAGUGAGGUACAAUGUAACAAAGAAAAAUUAUACUAUGGUACAAGGAGUGAACUAGUUUUAUUGCUGUUUUGUCAUAAAUUGAUAAACUCAGUAUUAGUAGUGCAUAAUGUAUUUUUUAUAAUUUGUCAAGCAUUUGGAUGCUGUGUUAUAGUUGAGGAAUAAGAUACUACAUAACAAGGAGCAGAUACAACUUGACACAGAGUGACAUUUGCGCUCUUGUUUAGAAAUCUGUGAUUAUGUGACCACUGUGAUAUUGAAAACCUGAACAAAAAAUCUAUAAGUGGAAAAUUCCAAUAAUAAUAAGAUUAUUACAUUAAAUAUUACUCCUAAAAAUGAUCUGGAACUUUAUUAUUAUAUAUUUUAAAUCUUUUAAAGGCCCAUAAUGUAAAGCCCCAAAAAAGUACCCUUUUAUUUCUCGAAAAACUUAAUUUUUGGUAUCAUGUUACAGUUUUAAAAAGAUGUUACACGUUGACAGUCUUACAUUUUGAAAUAUAGAACAGUAAUGGUAACACAAAAAUGAUAAUUGACAAAAACACUGGUGUUUUUUCUUUAUGAGCUACUUUUUAAUAUGUUUUUGUUGUUGUUUUUUGUUGUUUUUUUGUUGUUGUUUUUUUCGAAAAAGAAUAAGAGUUAAGUUGGAGUUAAAAAGUUGAAAUGAUAUUAUAAUGUAAAGUGUCAUUGUUUCUUAAUAUGUUUAUCAGAAUGGGACCAGUUUUGACUGUCAACACAGUCUGUUUGAUUAAUUGACCCUUCUUCCCCAGUAUAUUGUACAUUAACAUUAACCUUUGUCCAAAUGGUGGCAACUGAAUCUAUUGAUGCAACCAGUGCAGACUUAAAUUAUGGUCUUCAAUCUACACAACUAACUCAGUAGGGACAUCAUCAGAUUUGUAAUCUAGGGGUCGCUGGUAUGAUCCUUGGGCAAGGCAUAAUUUCUCUGUGACUAUUGCUCUCAGACAUUGAGUCUUAUUGUCCUGUGUCUCAGAACGUCCUGUGUCGCAGAUACAGAAAUAAUGUCAAAAAAAAAUGAGCCGCGUCACGACAAAACCAACAUAAUGGGUUUGCGACCAGCAUGGAUCCAGACCAGCCUGCGCAUCCGCGCAGUCUGAUCAGGAUCCAUGCUGUUCGCUAUCAGUUUCUCUACUAAUGCAUAAUGUAUUUUCUUAUCCUUCUUGAAAAAAAAGUAGAGGUAUUGUUAUAGUCGCGGCGGCGUUGCCGUUCGCAAACUUGUACCUGGAUCAUAACUUUUUUAUUUCUUGGUGUAUUGUCUUCAUACUUGGCCACAACAACCCUUGGGACAAGACCUUUCAGUAGACCACACUAACAUUGACCUUCAUCCAUAAAUGACCUUGACCUUCAAGGUUAAAAGUCCAAUUUGAAUGGAUUGUCUUCAAACUUGAACAUAAUAAUCUUAAAGGAUAUCCCUUAAAAAUAACCUGACAGACCUUGACCUUCACUCAUAAAUGACCUUGACUUUGAAGGUCAAAUUAUUGAAAUUUUCAUGUUUUUGGCUAUUAUUGGCUGUAACUUUGUUAUUUUUGAAUGGAUUGUCUUCAAACUUGAACAUAAUAAUCUUCAAGGAUAACCCUUAAAAAUAACCCGACAGACCUUGACCUUCACUCAUGAAUGACUUUGUUUUGGCUGUAACUGGCUGUUACUUUGCUAUUAUUGAAGGGAUCAACUUCAUAUUAUAACAGAACAUACUUAAAAACUAGACCUUGUUGUUUAUCGUGACUUCACCACGUGACUCCACCACGUGACUUCACAACGUGACUCCACCACGUGACUUCACAAUAUGACUCCACCACGUGACUUCACCACAUGACUCCACCAAGUAACACCACCCUGUAACACCACCAUGUGACUCCACCACGUGACUCCACAACGUGACUCCACCAUGUGACUCCACCACGUGACUCCACCAAGUAACACCACCCUGUAACACCACCACAUCACUCCACCACGUCACUCCACCACGUCACUCCACCACAUAACACCACCCUGUAACACCACCACAUGACUCCACCACACGUGACUUUACCACAUGACUCCACCACGUGACUCCACCAGGUGUCUCCACCAUGUGACUCCACCACAUGACUACACCACGUGACUCCACCAUGUGACUCCACCACGUGACUCCACCAUGUGACACCACCACGUGACUUCACAACGUGACUCCACCACAUGACUCCACCACGUGACACUAGCACGUGACACCACCACAUGACUCCACCACAAGACACCACCACGAGACUCUACCACGUGACUCCACCACGUGACUCCACCACAUGACUCCACCACGUGACUCUACCACGUGACACCACCACGUGACUCCACCACAAGACACCACCACGAGACUCUACCACGUGACACCACCAUGUGACUUCGAAUUGGUUGUCUCUAUUUAUAUAUAUAUAAAUUAGUAAAUUUAUAUAAUAAUAAAAUAUAUAGACAAAACUAAUGUGACAAAACAGAAUGAUUAAUUUUAUAAAAAAGGAAAUGUUAAUAUUUUGUUCAAACAUUUCUUUGUUUGCUUUUAGAGAAAGUAAAAAGUCGAGCGUUGCCCCCGCCCGGCGGUGGCUCUUGUUUUUUAGUUCAUAUUUGUUGUGUUUUUUUGUUCCAGAAUCUAUAUUCGAUGAGAUUUUAUUCAUAUAAUUUUUAGAUAUCUAUUUUACUACAAUUUUUAUAAAGUUAUAGAUACAUUGUAAUUAAAGAAUGUUGAUCAAUACAGUUUAACACUUUGUAUAAACUAUCAUUUUAUUUGUUUAUUUAUUAAAAAUGUUGAAAAGUGCAA